AUGAAUGAUUCUUUCCUAGAAGAUUUGGAAUUAGUAUCUACUGAUGUUAAAACUGUAAAUGCUUAUUCAGUAGAUCGUCAUGUAACAACAAGAAAUGCAACAUCUUCUCCCUUGCAGCAAUUGCGGCCAAAUAGGGGAGAGAAUGUGCAAUCUGAAAAACAACCUAAGAAAGAAUUAAAUACAAGAGAUAUAAGAAAGUUGUCUGAACAUGAUAUAAAAAAACAACAAAUAAGAAUAAAAACAUCUGAAAGAAAAGAUAAACCCAUUGAAUCAAAAUUGAAACCAAUUGAGAAUAAGGUGAAAAGUGAUGGAAAAGAACAAGAUGUUCAAGAUGAGAGUAAAACAAAGAAUAAAGAAUCAAGAACAAGAAUUUCAGAAAGCAAAGUAAUAAAAGAUAAAGUACGCCGUUCUGGAAGUAGUAAAGAAAAUGUCCAAACCUCAGAUGUAUUUGCCAAGGAAAAUAAUAGACCUCCAGAUUAUUUAAAAGAAGGAACUUCCCAAGUGGAAGAAAAAACUAAAGAAAAAACAAAAACUCAUGAUGUUAGAAAAGUAGAAUCCAAAGAAAUUGAUCCUGUUGCACUCCUUAAUGCCAUUAAGGAUAUUGUGAGUAUAUGCACAAAACAGGAAAACACAAAAAUUUUAAAAGCAAUGCAAGAAUUGCAUAUUAAUUCUCAAGCAAAUCUGAUUAAACAUUUAUUGUGUCAAACAGAUGACAUAAUUAAUGAAAUGCAUCCUAGUAAAGAGUCAAAUAGAGUGAAAAGUCUGAUUGCACAAAACGAAAGAUUACAAGAGGAUAUUGUUAUGUUACAAAAAAGAAAUGAAGAACUUAACAAAAAGAUGGAAGAGUUUGAAUUCUUAAAACAAGAGAAUAUUGCAUUGAAAUUGAAAUGUAAGGAAUUGUCUAAACAAUAGCAAAAAUGUACACUUUUCUGAUUCUGUAUAUUCAGAAUUUGUCCAUGAAAAGUAUCAUUCCACUGUUAUUGUUAUGCUCUAAUUAUCAAAUAUUAUUAAUAUAUUAUUAAUUAUCAGUUAUUAAUAUUAUAUGAAUGAAUAGAACGAAAUGAACAGAUUUGUAAAAUUCUCGAAAUAAAAAAAAAUAAUACUAAAUACUAAUACAUAUAUAUAUAAAUAAAAAUACAGAAUUUUAAAAAAGGGAUCUUCCGUAAAUUUUCCGUAAAUAUAGUGAACAGUCGAUACAUCGAUAUCGAAUUUAUUGUGACCUUCAUAUUCCCUUAUGAUUUGAUUUUUUAUUUGUAUUUUUAAUUCCAUGUUACAUAUAAAACCAAUUAUAAAUUAAAACAGUGGAUUUUCCACUUUACAUUUUCUUCGUAGAAUCACUUUUAUUUUCCUUGUAGAAUCAUUUACAUUUUCCUCAUAGAAUUAUAUUUCUUUCGUAGAAAAACAUUCGCUUGAUUAAGUCUGGACAUUUUUUAUGUAAAACAAAUCAUGCUAUCAUCGAUAAUUUAUCUACGUGUUUUGGAAAAUACGUGUUUUGCACAAUAUUGCUUAGUCUAUAACUUUCCAUAUAAUAUUAAUAGUUAAUUAUCGGAAUGUAAAAUUUUGCACAUCUUUUAGUUAUAUGAUAUUUUUUUUAUUAUUAUAUAUCUUGAGUGAAAAGUGAUAAUAUGUGUGCUGAUAUUAACGAGAUGAUAUAUUUUUUAACAUUUUUACUAAUAUUUUUUAAAAAAGAUUUAAGAAAAUAAAACUAUGUUAUGCGGUUUAGAUGUAUAAGCUGCAUUUAAUAUGUAUUCCUUGUUAUAUUAUAACAUAUUCUGUGCUGAUUUGUAGUUGAUAUCUUUAUCGAACUGAAAAAAAAAAAAUAAAUUGUAAAUCUUCCUUUAUAAAGAAAUAUUCAAUAAAGUAUUUUACAAUGACA